CAAUCAGUCAGCCCCACAUCCAGUGUUUACGUUUCCACGGUUUCAUGUCACUAGAAAAUUCCUUGCUGCAUUGAGACACUUUGUUUGAGACAAGCUUGAAAAAGCCAGAUGGCGCACAAACAAAGAAAGUGGCUUUGCUCAGUGUUCAAGUUCUGAAAUGCCAGCUCAGAAGGCUCUGUGUGACAAAGAGUCAGAGGGACCAUCAACCAAAGAGCAGGCUGCGUUCAUCUGUGGAUGGGCCUCUCCAGGUGUGGUGCAUGCAAGUUGAGGACACAAGGCACCCAAAUAGAGUGCAAAGCAAACUGUUCAGAAUCAACACACAGUCAGCAUGACGUGCCUUCAAGCGCCACGCGGCCCUUAUAGAGGAUGAAGAGUUGAGGGACCGUCUCACAAGGCUCAUUGUAUCAACAUCAGCACUGUCUGAUCCUUUUGCAAAUGACAUCAUGUACCACCAUGUCUGUUGGAUGAAGCACAUCCACCAUGCACAUUUCAAGCCAGAAUAUGCAAUGCAUCUCCAGAGUGGCUGUGGUCUCAUCCAUUGGCAUCAGCGAUGAGCAGCUCCUCCAGAACUUGCCCACCUACAAGACAAUCAUCCAGCUCAAGGCAGAGAAUGCGCAAAUGUUCCAACGACAUUAUCCCAAUCCUUGGCGCUUUCCACCAACAGAUGUCCUACAUUAAUGCUAUCUACAAGAGAUUCAAGGGCUCUGAAAUGGCAGACCCUCUGGUUACAGCAGGGGUAGUAGUGGAGGGGUCUGUAGACCAAGCACUACGAGGGAAGCACUACAGGCGGGGUGUGCACUGCAUCCUGCUCCGGAGAGAGGCUCUAAUCCAUAAACGACUAGCAAAGAUUCUUGAGCAUGAAGAGCUAUCGGAGGACAUGAAGGUGAAUCUCAAGACCCUGCGCAAUGCACUAACACUGAAACUCAGGAGGCUCUACAGAAAGCUCACAAGGAUCUCGAGGAGGAUGGUGAUGGAAAGGAGCUGAUCGACAGAGUUUAUGAGGAACCUUUACAGUAUUCUCCAAACACUUUUAAGGCCUUACAAGCUUGUUAUUAUUUGUACUGUGAGCAUGUUAUUGCUGUUUGAAAUACGUCAGGUUCAGCUGGUAUGCCUGUGCGGAUGUCCACACCCUUUUGGCAAACACACUUAUGAUGUCAACGUGUGGAAACUGAGCACACCUGCUGGACGCCACCUGCCACUACAGCACAGAUGACAUACCUCACUGAAACAAGUAUUUCACUACGCUGCCGUCGAUGCACAUGACAGGUCCUACACACACACACACACACACACAGAGUGAGAGUCCGCCCCCUCUCCUCAGCUCCUGUCCGGGGAGUCCAGCACAUCCAGCAGCAUCAGACCUGUGGAGGAGCCAAACACAACUACUCCUACUUCACCUGUUUUCUGUUGUAACCGACACAUCAGGAUGGGAGUUACAGGAGCGGUUUGCAACAAGCCUGCAGGUGUCCUCUAAGGAACCAAAUCACAACGGUUUAGGAUUUGACAGUGUGAUUUGCCUGGAAGUGACGUUCCCAGCUGGUGGUUGCCCCCUACUUGCUGAGCGUUUCCACACACACCUGCCCGCUGAGAGAAGCAGGAGGGGGGGCCAAGAGGAACCAUGAUUGACCUGAGCCACCUGACGGAGGAGGAGCAGGGGGCGAUAAUGACGGUGCUGAGGAGGGACGCCGAGCUGAAGAAAGCCGAGGAGGAGAGAAUCAGGAAGAUUCUGGACAGUGACACCGAGCGGAAGUACCGGACUGGAGAGUGGUUUUAUGAGGCCAAGUCUCGCAGACACAUGGACAAGAUCCACGGCUCGGAAAUCAUCCUGGCCUCCAUGAAAAAGAGGAAAGCUGGUUUAGAUGGUUCCCUCAGAAUUGAAAGAUCCAAGACACCUAGCAGUCGAGGUUCAGACAUCGUCGCUCCACCAAAACCUGCCAGAUUGUUGGAACCACCACAACAGCAGGGCAUCAACAAUGCAGAAAAAGAGAAUCUAAAUUCAGCAGUCCGCUCUCCAAGAACGCCGAGGCAAAAUCCUUUCAACCGCCCUUCCCUUAUUGUUGUUGAGCCACCUGGAAAUGACAUGUCAACCAGUCGGGACCAGGUGUCAUCUGAGACAGAGCCCAUAUCUCCACUGAAGAGCCAGCCAGCAGAGGCCGGUCAGACAUCAGAGGGCUCCCUCACAUCAGAGUGCUCCUCUGUAGCUUUCAGGCCAGUGCCAAAGAAGAGGACAUUUCUAUCAAGACGUAGCUCCAGUCAGUCAGAAAGCAACAGCCUGGUGUCAGACGCUCAGGGAGUGUCAGCGGGGAUUGUGCCCGCCCCGAGACGGAGCCUCCAGCGGGGGUCCAGUGACAGCUCUAACCAGUCCUACCUGACGGGCCGAGAUGAAAUACUUCAGAAAAUUGUCAAUCAAGUAUCUCAGUCUGCUCAGCCAUUCAAACCUCUAGACAAAAACUCCCAGCAUACACUAUAUGACGUAUCUCAGGUUUCAUCUAUUUCCAGUCUGGAGAGAGAAAAAAACCCACCUUCUAUAACAAGAGACCGGUCAGUGGACGCUUCCUCCCGCAACUCUGACCCCAACAUUUUAAUUCAACUCUCUAACCCUUCCACUGCAACUCACAACCUGCAUCAUUUCAGACCAGCCACGUUUAGCAGGAGUGAUGUGCCCACUGGCAGAGAGAUCCCAAAGAAGGGCGAUACACGAGAUGAUCGGACACAAAGAGAACACGCGGCGGUGAACACUGUCGCCCUGCACACCGGCAGCAUUCAGGAUCCAGACAGAGAAAACAACAGCAGUGUGGGAACAGCAACGAGGCAGGAAGAGCUGAGUCUGCCCCAAAGCAUUGUGGAUCCACAUCCUCCAGAAUCUUAUGAUCUCAACUUCAUUGAUAUGUCUGCUAAGCCAACGCAGAAGAAAUCCAAUCAGAAACACGCGUUUCAAUUAUCCACUCAGACCACCAGUCCCACUGGUGAUGAGGAGGACUCCAUCGCGAAGGUGCUGGACUGGUUCAGCCGCAGCACAGACAGCAUUGAUUCGCUAAAGACAGACGGCGGUCCUAGCGCAACAAAGAGCUCUGACAAACAUGUCGAAAUCAGCAAACUAAGAGAUGAAGAUUCAUUACUAAAAGAUGCUGGGGAUAUUAUAAGUGAUCGGAAAAAUGAAACCCUUGAGAUGAAGAGGAAUAACUUACAAAGACAGACCAAUGAGGAUAAAGAGUUAAGAGCAACAGGCCGAGAAACACAAGAAGAGGUGAAGAAUGAUACCAGAGAAAGAAUGCUGUCACAGGAAGUUAAAGAUAAUGAUGAUGAAAGCCAACCGCCCCAAAUCAGUCAUCUGAAGUCAUUCUGGGAGAAAAGCAACCCGGGACCUAAAAUACUUAUCAGCAAAUCAAUCACGCCUGGCCACAACAAACAAAAACCCAUUCACCUCUCAGUGGAGAAAGAUGAGGAAAAAGUAAACAAACCCCACAGAGCACCUGAUAUGCCCUCUGUGCCCGGAGUAUACAACAGGGAGGGGAUUUAUGGUAAGUCCGCUUCAAAUCAUCAGGAAAAGAGAGAAAAACAGAAAGAUACUGUAGACAAUGUUCAAUCAAAUAAUAAACCAGAGGUAGACAGUCUGGGGAUGAAUACUCUAACUCUAAGGAACAAUAAUGACCCAACAUACAACUUAGAUUAUUUAAAGUUAGCAGCCGGUCCCCAAGUAUCUGACAGAAGAGCUUCAGAGACUGAGAUUUUAAGUGUAACCAGACUUAGUCCACAGCCCAGGACACCCAUCCAGUCCAUUCCACAACCUGACAGUAUCUCCCAAUCCAGAGAAACCUCACUGCAAAACGAACUGUUCAAGACUAUUCCUUUGUCUCAGCUGGAUACAGAUCCAGACUCUGAGAAGCUCCACAUGUCCAGAAACCACCCAUAUAUGGACUACAAGCAAGGCGGGAAUGAUAUACAAAUCACCCCCAAAACACAAAUGCGUAGAGGUUCAGGCGAAGAGGUAAAGAGAAUGGACAGUGAAGAUAAAAGCGUGCAAUCAAGCGUGGCUCCCAAACGGAAAGAGGAUACAUUUAAUAAAGACAGAAUUACUCAAACUCACUCAAACAGACAAGGUUUACCCCAUCAAGAAAGCAUUGCAGAGAAGAUAAAGCAGCUCAAAUCCUUUUGGGAGAAUGAGAGGAACAAGUCCCCGUUUUACACCGGCAAACCUAAAGCUCUUGGGGAAGGUAAAGUCGCUCGUGGCGCAAAUCAAGCGAAACUGAAUAAAAGAUAUACGAAGUCCGAGUACGACCUGACGUCAAUUGGAAAUGAUUCAGGCAGCGAUGAGGAAGACUCUGAUAGAAAUCGUCACAAUUUCACUGUUCUUCCUUUGAAUCAGAGACUAGACAAGUUAUCCCCUAGCCUGGGCACGAGCCGAACACAAUUUAACACUCUGCGUGAGUUCUGGGGCGAGGCCACGUCAGAUACCAAGGGAUCAUUUUCCUUCGACAAACCCAAAAGCCCCAAAAGGAAAGAGCCCAUAAGUGCCCAGCUUUCAUCUCAGGAGUUAAAGUGCGCUGACCCUGAGGUUUACUGCGUAUCAGAGAAAACGAGACCAGCCGUCACAAAAUCAUCUCCACCUCCUCAGAAUCGAUCGAAGUCGCCUCAUGAUAGACAGAUGGGGUCGAGGGCAGCGAAUGAGGGCAAAAACAGCCAGUUUAAUUACACGACAGCGGAGUCCAAAAGAAGCUCAAAAGACUCUAGCAGAGAGGAGAAAUCCAGCAAACCCCCAAGCAGUUCAGGAAAAGAGACUCGUUCUCCAAAGAGCAGAAAGGACAGCUUCAGCAAUUCGAGCAGUCGUGGAAAUUCCAUGCGUCGCGCCACCAGCAUGUUCGCUCUGAGCGUUCCCGAUGAAAAAGAGCUUAAAAUGGACGUAAGCCCCGUCCACUCCCAGAGCAGGAAGCAGAGGCAGAACGUGGAAAAAGGCGCCUUGUCGAGGAGAUCGUCAGAGGAAACGGAGACUCUGACUCCUCGUGCGCGGGCGUGUGUUCCCAGAGACUACCGCCAUUACCUGGGCAUGACCGAUGAGACCAGCAUCCACACCUCCCUCGCCCCGCCGGUGAAGGACCAGGGGUCCGAGAGGAAGUCUGCCUAUGAGUUUGACCUGGGUGGGCCGAUGAGGGCCAGCACUCCAGUGAGCUCAGAGGAGCGUUACGGCAGGAGGGGCAGCAAGGCGAGUCAGCGCCCCCUGUGGCCAAACUACAGCAGUUCAGACGCAGGUCAGGAGUCAUCGGUGAGCAGCACGUCCGAAACCUGGUCCAGGAACGGUUCAAACCGUGAGAAUGACGGUGAUGGCCCAAGCCUUGUAAGGAAAGCGCUGAGGCGAGCAGAAGCACGGCCUAAAAAUCUGGCUAAAAGUAUGGAGGACAUCACAGCAUCCUUAUCGCCACGACAAGAAAGAAGGCAAGACCCAACUGCUGACAUGAGACGCAUUAGUGAUGUUUCAUCCAUCCCGUCACCCUCCUCCUCCUUAUUUUCGGAUCCGGAGCAUCUGAAGAAGAUGAGCAAAUCGGUCCCUUCGUUCUUACAGAAGGAGGACGUUGGCAGAGACACUGACUCCGCCUGCGAGGACAGUGACCCCCCAGGAAGACUAAUGAAGGGCAGCUCUUUGAAUAAUCUCACCGGCUCGUCUGGCAUGGCGUCUUUGUCUUCUUUGAGUGGAAGUGUGAUGACCAUGUACAGCGGGGACUUUGGGAAUGUGGAGGUUCAGGGAAACAUCAAGUUCUCCAUCAACUACAUCCAGAAGCUCAGAGAGUUCCACAUCUUUGUGGUCGAGUGCCAAGACCUGGCUGCCGUCGACCCAAAGAGGGGCCGCUCAGAUCCGUAUGUCAAAAGCUACCUGGUUCCUGACAAAGCUAAUCUGGGAAAGAGGAAAACAUCUGUAAAAAAGAAGACACUAAAUCCAACUUUCAACGAGAUCCUCAGAUAUCGAGUUCGCAUGGAAUACCUCAGAACCCAGACGCUCAUUCUCUCCAUUUGGCAUCAUGACACCUUUGGCAGGAACAGUUUCCUGGGCGAGGUAGACGUGGACCUCUCAAAGUGGGACUUUGACCACACCCAGAUGAACUACUUAGCACUAAAAGCAAGGGCUGCACCCACUCUGGCGCCAUCACAUGGUCGAGGAGAGAUGAGACUAUCCGUACGUUUCCUGCCACAGAUCAUCCACAGCGAAGGAUUAGUUAAGGAGGGUCCAAAAACUGGAGAGAUUCACAUUUGGGUGAAAGAAUGCAAAAACCUGCCUCUAAUCAGGGCCACCAUCGACCCAUAUGUCAAGUGCUUUGUGCUGCCGGACACGAGCAGGAAGAGUCGCCAGAAGACCCGUGUGCUGCGGAGGACAGUAGACCCGGUGUUUAACCACACGAUGGUGUACGACGGCAUCAGGCAGGCUGAUCUAUCAGAAGCCUGCGUGGAGCUCACCGUGUGGGACCGAGACAGGCUAGCCAGCAACCUGCUGGGGGGCCUGAGGCUUGGAGCUGGAACAGGUACUGGCAGAAGUUAUGGAGCACUGGUGGACUGGAUGGACUCUACUCCCUAUGAGGCAGCCCUGUGGGAGCGCAUGAUGGCCACCCCGAAUGAAUGGGUGGAGGACGUACUCCCCUUAAGAGUGAUAAACUCUGCAAAAACUGGUUUCAAAUAAGUCAAAGUAUACCAAACUGCCAUAGUGAAAAGACAGACAUAUAUUUGAGAGGUGAAAACACAGAGUGGUAGUAACAGUGUUAAAGGCGCCCUGUCACACAAAACUCUUUCUAUUGCAUUUUUUGAAAUAUGUUCAUAUGGGUUUGUGUUAAGUCGUGAAUGUGAAAAUGAACUGCUACCUCCUC